AUGCCCUUUGUACAGCUGCAGAAACAUCUGAAGCAGCGCUGGAAAAUCGAGGCCUACCGCCCGCUGCAGAUCGCCAGCCUCGAGUCAUUCCUCUACAGGAAUUUUGCGGCAGGGCGGAAUAGGACCUCACCCAACAGGUCACCUGAUACACAGACAAUGGGCCGCAAAUCUCAAAGACCCGCCACCGAGCCGGACAACAGGGACAUCGGGUCGAUGUGGCAGAGGCCCAGACACACCCCGGCCGGAGACCAAAGGCAAACUGCACCCGGACCCGAACACCGGGAAACAGAGGUACCCUCACGGCCCCAAACAGCACUUACCGCACCAGCAGACCCCUCUGACGACUCAGCCCCAAAGACCAGGGGGGACCUAAAGGCUCUACUGGCUGACAUCCAUAAGCUUCUGGCGGCGGAUUAG